AUGGUCUUAAACAGAAUUCUUCAUCAGCCUCCUGUGAUGCAUCCUCGGAGACGGCAGGACAUCACCCACAAGAAUGUCAACCAACUCUUCCGGACUCAGAGUUUCCAAGAUGACGUGGCAACACGCCUGGCCGAAUCGGUCAGGAUCCCAACGAUAACAUAUGAUGGCAUGGGCCAUGUUGGAGAAGACCCUCGGUGGGAGGUCUUCUUUCAGUUUUCCCAUUAUCUGAAGAAGGCAUUCCCAAGAGUAUAUGAAGAACUGACAGUCGAAACGAUUAAUCAGCAUGGCCUGCUAUACACAUGGCAUGGUUCGCAACAUGUUUUGAAACCUCUUUUGUUUAUGGCACAUUCAGACGUGGUCCCCUCCGGGGAAUCCACUUCUGAAGAAUGGACCUAUUCGCCUUUCUCGGGCCACUAUGACGGAGAGUACAUCUGGGGCCGAGGCUCUGAAGACGACAAAUCGAAUCUCAUCGCGAUGUUGACGGCUAUCGAUUGUUUACUCGCAUGCGACUUCACACCACAUCGGACUGUGAUACUCUCGGUCGGCUUCGACGAAGAGGGUGGAGCCGAACAGAGCUAUGGCGCCAGGUGUCUUGCGGAGACACUGUUGGACAGGUAUGGGAAAGCCGGUAUCGAAAUGAUUUUCGACGAGGGUAUUGCAGGCAUUGAGAAUCGUUUUGGGACCGACUUUGCACUCCCUGCAACGGCCGAAAAGGGAUAUAUCGAUGUCACUGUAACUGUCAAUGUUCCUGGCGGACACUCCUCUACCCCGCCUGACCAUACAGCUAUCGGCUUUUUGGCUCAGAUAAUUCGCUUGAUCGAAGACCACCCCUUCAAAUCGCAACUGGUUCGAAACAAUCCCACUCUGACUUACCUUCGACAAGCCGCACUGUAUUCCAAGCAGAUGCCUGAUGAUCUACGCGAGGCAAUUCUCGGCGCACAGAGCUCGAAGAAGAUCCUCGAAUAUAUGGAGAGCGACCGCGAGAGACGCGCCAUGAUCAGGACAUCCACGGCGGUUGAUGUGGUUUCAGGAGGAGACAAAGUGAACUCGCUCCCAGAAAAUGCCAGCAUUCUCGUCAACCAUCGCAUUGCAAUACAGGAUUCGGUGCAGGCUGUGAAAGACCACUAUGUUCAUCUCCUGGCGCCUUGGGCUCAGGAACGAGGGUUCAAACUCCAUGCUUUCGGUGCUAAGGCUCCGCAUGAAAACAGCAUCUCGACACGACCAGGUAACAGUACUACUGAUUGUGGUGACCUCACUCUUUCCGCACACUAUGAGCUGGAAUCAUCGCCGGUUUCAUCUGCAGAGGAUGCCCGGUUCAGAUUACUCGCAGGUACUAUCAAAGGCGUCUUUGGUGACGACGUGGUCGUUGCGCCAGAGCUAUUGACUGGCAACACCGACACCAGAUACUAUUGGGAUCUUUCGCCACAAAUAUACCGCAUGUCUCCUUGGCGAGCAAGUCAUGACCCCCGCGGGACUCGGAUGCACACAGUGGAUGAGAGAAUGCCCAUCAAAGGCCUCAUGGAGAUGGUACACUUUUAUCACGAGUUCAUUCGAAUAGUCGACGAAGUCCACGUCGAAGAUCCCCUGCCCGUUCAUAAUCAGCCUCGACACGAGGGCACCAUUGCAACUGCGGCUGCACAGCACGUGUGCGUCAAAUGA